AUAUUAUAAAUCUCAAUCAAAAUCAAUACAGGGUGGAUCAAAACCAAAUUAGAAUAAUCACAUUGCCAAAUAAAUAUUGGACCUCCAUUUUGUCUGCCUUGAAUAAACUAACAUGAAAAUAAACAAAACAACAAACAUUGGCGCCAACAACUAAAUAGCCGAAAUUAUACCAUUUUGGAACAAUAGAUCUACUUCCAUAAUCUGUGUUUUUUCUCUCUGAUUUUUUUUUUUUUGGUUGAUCCAAUAAAAUUAUUAUUUUUUUUAAAAAAAAAACAUCGGAAAAAAUGAGCGGCAGCGAUGCGGAGGAAGCGAGGGCGGAGCUGAAGAAGCCGUUUCUUCAUACGGGGAGUUGGUAUAGAAUGGGUGGGUCAACCGGGAAAGAUCCGAUAAGUAGUGGUGGAAGUUUGAUGAUGGGUUCAAGACAAUCAAGUAUUUUUGGGUCCAUUGCUAAUAUGAGUGAAUCCGCCAUUUCCAUUGUUUUUUGUGUUCUUGUUGUUGCUCUUGGUCCAAUUCAAUUUGGUUUCACCUGUGGGUAUUCAUCACCAACACAAUCUGCCAUCAUUAAGGAUCUUGACCUUAAAGUCUCCGAGUUCUCCUUGUUUGGAUCAUUGGCCAAUGUGGGAGCAAUGGUGGGGGCAAUUGCUAGUGGCCAGAUUUCUGAAUACAUUGGACGCAAAGGGUCACUGAUGAUUGCUUCAAUCCCGAAUAUAAUUGGAUGGCUUGUCGUGUCAUUUGCGAGAGAUAUCUCGUUUCUAUACAUGGGGCGGCUACUGGAAGGUUUUGGCGUUGGCAUUAUUUCCUACACGGUGCCUGUUUAUAUAGCCGAAAUAGCACCUCAAAACAUGAGGGGAAUGCUUGGAUCAGUGAACCAGCUUGCUGUUACCAUUGGCAUAAUGCUUGUUUACCUACUGGGAAUAUUUGUUGAAUGGAGAGCACUUGCAAUUAUUGGAAUUUUGCCUUGUGCUGCGUUGAUUCCUGGGCUAUUUUUCGUACCUGAAUCUCCUCGCUGGCUGGCAAAAAUGGGGAUGAUGGAAGAAUGUGAAGCAUCUUUGCAAGUUCUGAGAGGAUUUGACACAGAUAUUUCUGUUGAAAUGAAUGAAAUCAAAAAAUCUGUGGCAUCAUCCCGCAAAAGAACAACAAUUAGCAUCUCACACCUCAAGAGGAAAAGAUAUUGGUUUCCAUUGAUGUUGGGAAUCGGGCUACUUUUGCUUCAGCAGCUCUGUGGUAUCAACGGAAUUCUGUUCUAUUCCCGUACCAUUUUCGAAAAGGCAGGAAUUUCUGAGGGUGCUGCUGCCACAUUUGGUCUAGGGAGCAUUCAGGUAGUUGCUACUGGAGUUGCCACUUGGCUGAUGGACAGGGCUGGCCGCAGGGUUUUGCUAAUAGUAUCUUCAGUUGGAAUGACUGUUAGCCUCAUCCUCGUCUCAGUUGCAUUUUUUCUCGAGGAUAUCAUACCAAAAGACUCAGGUCUCCACAACACAUUGAGCAUACUCUCUGUCAUAGGCCUUGUGGCUAUGGUGGUUUUCUUUUCUUUGGGAAUGGGACCAAUUCCCUGGCUUAUUAUGUCUGAGAUUCUUCCAACAAGCAUAAAAGGCCUUGCUGGGAGUGUAGCAACAAUGGCAAACUUUCUGACUUCAUGGGGUAUCACAAUGACUGCAAACUUGCUACUUGGUUGGAGUAGCGGAGGAACCUUUACAAUCUACACAUUUUUUGCUGCUUCUACUGUAAUCUUUGUGGCGGCAUGGCUUCCAGAGACAAAAGGAAAAACGCUCGAGGAAAUUCAAGCAUACUUCAGAUAGAAGCAGUAUGUGGUUAUCCCAAUUUUACUCAGCAUUUCAUGAGUUUGCAGCAUACAGAAAAGACAGAGGAAGGAGGAAAAGUUUUGCAUUCCUCCAGUAUAUACUGAAAAACGACUGUUGUGAGAAAUUUUGAUCCUUUACUGGGACAACAAUGUUACAUGUUCAUUUCAUUCAUUUGUCAAUUGUUGUACAAACAAUACGCGUUAUAUGCGUUAAUAUAUAUCAUUAUUCAGUACCUGAAACAAUACAAAUAUGAAAUUAAUUUUA